AAUGAAUCGUGAAGUUAAGGUCGUAUUAUUAGGAGAUUCAGGAGUAGGCAAAAGUUCUAUUGUGCUGAGAUUCUGUUCGGAUAUAUUUAAAGUCACUCAUGAAUCUACUUUGGGAGCUGCAUUUAUGGCUAGAACUAUAGAAGUUAAUGGAAUCAAUUUUAAAUUUCAGAUUUGGGACACAGCCGGAUAAGAGAAAUACAAAUCACUCACUCCUUUGUAUUAUAGAGGUUUUGUGCUCAUUUAUUUUUAGAGGCUUAAGUUGCAUUGAUAGUUUAUGAUAUUACACAUAAAGAUUCAUUUGAUGUACUUAAAUCGUGGGUAAAUGAAUUGAAAGCUCAUGGUCCAAAAAAGAUAAGUAAGUUAGUAUUUCAUUUUUAGUUUAAGUUCUUGUAGGGAAUAAGAAUGAUAUGAUUGAAGAUGAAAAAGUUUCUUAUGACGAAGCAAAUAACUAUGCUCAAGUAAUAAUAAAAGUAAUAUUCUAGCAAAUUGGUGCUUCUCUUAAGCUUACUAGUUGUAAAGAGAAUAAAGGAAUCUAGGAAUUGUUUGUAUCAAUUGCUGAAUAGAUCUUAUAUGAAGAAUAAAAUAAAUUAGUUGAAGGUAAGAAAUAAGAGAAACCAUAAAAUCCUAGUGUCAGAGUUACUGCUGAUGAUCAAAGUAAAAAAAAGAAAAAGGAUGGAGGAUGCUGUUGA